AUGUAAAUAGCUCUUUAAAAACAUUUUUAAUUGCAGUGUUGGCUAAGUGUGAUCUUGAAGAUGGGAGGUGCUGUGAGUGCUGGUGAAGACAAUGAUGAGCUAAUAGACAAUUUGAAAGAAGCACAGUACAUCCGGACUGAGCUGGUCGAGCAGGCUUUCCGAGCUAUUGAUCGUGCAGAUUAUUAUCUUGAAGAAUUUAAAGAAAAUGCUUAUAAAGACCUGGCUUGGAAGCAUGGCAACAUCCACCUCUCGGCUCCGUGCAUCUACUCGGAAGUGAUGGAGGCCCUGGACCUGCAGCCGGGGCUCUCCUUCUUGAACCUGGGCAGUGGCACUGGCUACCUCAGCUCCAUGGUGGGGCUCAUUCUAGGUCCUUUUGGUGUGAACCAUGGGGUUGAACUCCAUUCGGAUGUAAUAGAAUAUGCAAAGCAGAAGCUGGACUUCUUCAUUAGAACCAGUGACAGCUUUGACAAAUUUGACUUCUGUGAACCUUCCUUUGUUACUGGCAAUUGCCUGGAGAUUUCUCCAGAUUGUUCUCAGUACGAUCGUGUGUACUGUGGGGCUGGUGUGCAGAAAGAGCAUGAAGAGUACAUGAAGAGUCUUCUCAAAGUAGGGGGCAUCCUUGUCAUGCCACUGGAAGAGAAGUUGACUAAGAUAACACGAACUGGUCCUUCUGCUUGGGAAACCAAAAAGAUUCUGGCAGUUUCUUUUGCUCCUCUGAUCCAGCCCUGUCAUUCAGAGUCUGGAAAAUCAAGACUUGUCCAGUUACCGCCCCUGGCCGUGCGGAGCCUCCAGGAUCUGGCUCGGAUCGCCAUCCGGGGCACCAUUAAAAAGGUCAUCCGUCAGGAGACAGUGAGCAGCGGUGGAAAUGGACUGAAGAACACUCCCAGGGCCAAGCGAAGGAGAGUGCGCCGCCGUCGCAUGGAAACGAUCGUCUUUUUGGACAAAGAGGUAUUUGCCAGUCGGAUCUCCAGCCCAUCGGACGACAACAGCUGUGAGGACUUGGAAGAGGAGCAGCGGGAGGAGGACCGAGCCCCGCCGCCAGACGCAAAGCCAGCCCGACCCGUGAACUUCCUACGUGAGAAGGUCCUGAGCCUCCCUCUGCCAGAUCCCCUGAAAUACUACCUGCUCUAUUACAGAGAGAAGUAAGUCUGUGGGGGCUGAACCGAGGCGGAGCCCAAGGCUGCGCCCCAUGCCCUCGCGGGGUUGCCUGGGCACAUGCUGUGGGGAAGGAGAGUGCGGUCCUCUCCACCUUUUUGUGUUCAGUUUGUUCUUGGUUUUCCUCUAGAAUUCCAUUCAUUGGUAUCAUUUCAGUAAACGUAGUAUGACAAACAAAGUGCAUAGGAGAAUGUUUUCUCAAAAGGGGGAGACUCUCCUGGAGAAAAGGGUGUUUGCUUUUUGCUCUGGUGAAACUCUUGACGCAGAGACCCACCCAAGAUACACAUGUCUGCAUUACCCAUGAAGCA